AUGGCAGUCGCUGGUCUGCAACUCUUGGCUUCCUCAGCACAUGGCCAAGGCCAAGUCUUAUUAAGUUCAGCAAAGUCAUCUCUCUUCUCGGGGGCCCCACUCCGCUUCUCAGUCUCCACCUCUGGAAGAGAACCAUUUUCUCGAAAACAGCAGCUCGUUGUCUUUGCUCGGAGACUUUCGGGCUUGGAGGAAGCCAUGAGAAUUAAAAGAGAACGUGAGAGUCAGCAGCUUACACCAAAGGUUAAAAGAAGUCCGCCAUUGAGGCGUGGAAGGGUAUCGCCAGAACUUCCUGUUCCAGAUCACAUUCCAAGGCCUCCUUAUGUUGGUUCAUCUGAAUUGCCAGAAAUUGCCAGUGAACAUCAAAUUCCUGGCUCUCAAGGCAUUGCUGACAUGAGAGCUGCAUGUGAGCUUGCUGCUCGCGUCUUAGACUCUGCAGGAAAGUUGGUUAGGCCAUCAGUAACAACUAAUGAAAUUGACAAAGCAGUGCACCAGAUGAUUAUUGAUGCUGGUGCUUAUCCCUCCCCUCUUGGCUAUGGGGGAUUUCCAAAGAGUGUUUGUACAUCUGUUAAUGAGUGCAUGUGCCAUGGAAUACCUGAUUCUCGACAGUUACAGAGUGGAGACAUUAUAAACAUAGACGUGACGGUCUACCUAAAUGGAUAUCAUGGAGAUACAUCAAAGACAUUUCUUUGUGGGGAUGUCAGUGAUGCAAUCAAACAACUAGUGAAGGUAACUGAAGAGUGCUUGGAAAGGGGCAUAGCAGUUUGCAAGGAUGGUGCUAGCUUCAAGAAAAUUGGAAAGCGAAUUAGCGAACAUGCUGAAAAAUAUGGUUAUGGCGUGGUGGAGCGUUUUGUUGGGCAUGGUGUGGGGACUGUAUUUCAUUCUGAACCAUUAAUAUUACAUCACCGCAAUGACCAGUCUGGUUGCAUGGUUGAAGGUCAGACAUUUACCAUUGAACCCAUCCUUACUAUGGGAAGCAUUGAGUGUAAAACAUGGCCGGACAAUUGGACAACUCUAACCGCUGAUGGUAGCCCUGCUGCACAGUUUGAGCAUACCAUUCUGAUCACCAGAACUGGUGCUGAAAUUUUAACAAUAUGUUAA